AUGCCCGAUACUAAAAGGACUGUUACCAAAGCCUAUGUCGUCGCCGAGCGAGGCGGACCUUUUGAACUCAGAGAUGUUGUGCUCGACGGACUGCAACCAAAUGAAGUUCUAGUGGAGAUCAAAUACACCGGACUUUGCCAUACGGAUCUUGUUGUUCAGCAAGGUGGCAUGCCAAUUGGGGGAUAUCCAGUGGUGCUCGGCCACGAGGGACUCGGUACUGUACGAGGCGUCGGAUCAAGCGUGUCUGGCAGGUCCCUAAAGGAGGGCGAUACGGUUGUGCUCUCAUUUCACACAUGCCGACAGUGUCGAGGGUGCCUCGAGAAACGAUACGGUAGCUGUUCCCAAAUGACUGAGACCAACUUUAUCAACCCUGGACGUAAGAGUCCCGGAGCAACUUCACCGAUCUCACUGCCCGACGGUGCACCCGUAUUUGGCCAAUUCUUUGGACAGUCAUCCUUCAGUAAGAUGGCGGUUGUCUGCGAGAACUCGGUGGUCAAGAUAUCGGCCAAGCCCCAAGACCUGGUCUUCCUGGCUCCCCUCGCAUGCGGCUACCUGACAGGAGCAGGAACAGUCUUGAACGUCCUCCGGCCUCACAACAACAGCAAAGUCGCAGUCCUAGGCAUGGGUGCUGUCGGUCUCGCUGCCAUGCUUGCAGCCAAAGCGAUCGGGGUGGAACAUCUCGUUGCAGUCGAUCUUGUUGAUGAAAAACUCCAAUUAGCCGAGUCGCUAGGAGCCACGCAUAUCAUCGACACGAGCACUGGACAGGGCCUCAACGCUGCGAUCAGAGACAAGUUCCCGGAUGGGGUCGACUACAUCAUCGAUACGACAGGAGUUGCAACUCUCCUACAGGCGUCUGUCCAGGCGCUCUCUCACGAGGGAACGCUGGCGCUGGUGGGUGUCCCACAGCCAACAGCAACAAUUCAAGUCAAUGCGUUGGACCUGUUGCUGUCGUGCAAACGCAUCGUCGGAAUCAUCGAAGGGUUCUCUAAUCCUCAAGAAUUGAUCCCGGAGCUGCUCAAGUUAUACUACAGCGACAAAUUCCCCAUCGACAGAAUUUCGAAAUGCUACCCUGCGGAGGAUCUAAAUAAGGCGAUUCAAGAUCUCAAAGCAGGACGGGUCAUCAAGCCGGUGUUGUCGUGGCAGAACAUCAGUCAGGACUAG